UUCACUACAAAAAAACGCUAGAUUUAGCUACGGAAUUAGCUAAGGAAAUUAUUCUGUAGCUAUUCUGUGACGGAAUUACAACGGAUUAGCUACGGAAAUAAUUUGUUGAAUUUAGCAACGGAUUUAACGACGGAUUUCCGUAGCAAUACUUUCGCUACGGAUAUAUUCCGUCAUUAAAGUCAAAAAAAUUACUAAUUUUUGUUAAAAAAAUUUAGCUACGGAAUAACUGUAGUUAAAUCCGUAGCUAAACUAAAAUUUAAUUCGUAGCUACGGACUCUAUCCGUAGCGGGAUAUUGUGACUUAUUAGCUACGGAAUGUCCGUAGCAAAAUCCGUAGCUAAGACCAAAUUUCAAAUCUAAAGGUGCAGCCGCGGUCUUUCUUCUUCUCAUUUUCCCCUAAUUGCAAACCCUAGCGUUUCUCACUCUUCCGGCGCCGUUCAUCCCGUCGCCGCGGUUGCUCCGCCGUUUCUCUCAAAGUCGUCGGUAGGUGCCGCCACCGUGCUCGCUCACCGUCGUAGGCGCUCAUGCAGAAAAUUAUAACCAAAUUCAAGAUGUGCAAGGAGCUUGGCAUUCGUGCUGCAAUGCAGUCAAAACCAGAAAACCCCGACGAAGAGGUGCAGAAGGAGGCUGGUGUUAGGAAAUUUCUGGGUAAGGACUUAGCACAGAUGAGCUCACAGGAAUUAUCUGAGCUUGAUGAUAAAUUAAUCAAAGGGCUGUUGUUCAUAAAGGAUACAAAGCUGCAACUGUUGAAGGAUGAAGUGGAAAAAUCAAGAAUGCAGCAACUGCAGGUGGUGCAGAAAAACCAGAUGUUGCUGAGACAGGCAAAUCCAUCUCCUACACUCUAUGAUAAAUAACCCCCUCUAUAUGCUUGGGCUUCCUCAUGAAUUACCGUUUCUUUCACUUGCACAAAUGCAGGUUGAAGAGCUUAAAGGCUCCGUUGCACGAUUGGUUUAUGAUAACACAGUUUUUUUCAUUGUUGUUUAAUUUGGUUUUGUGCUCUGCCUUUGUAUGUAAAUGCAAGAAAAGUUUACCAAUAUAUCUCAUGAAUUAAUUAAAUUGUUUAUUUUGUAGGGUGGUAGGAUCACACAAGAAGAUGUCUAGUGUGAUUACCACAUCUUUCAAGAAAGUGAAGAAUCCAACUGGCUUUAAUUGGAAAUUAACUCCCAACAACAUCAAAAAGUUGUACUUUGAUGAAUUCAAAGUGGAGGUACAAGAAAUUGCUGCAGAGAUGGGCCAAUCUAAUCCUGAUACGCCCGUGGAUAUGAACAAGAUUUAUCUAGAUGUCUUGGGAGGCGGUUUAGAUAAAAAACAAAGAUUGUUCGGCACAAGUAGUCUCGCAUUGACCUUGAAGACCAAUAUAUCGGGAGAGAGUAGUACUUCAGCUAUGUCCGACAUUGACAAAGAGCAGUAUGCCACUCGCCUAGGAGAUGUAGAGGAGCAGCUUCAAGAGGAGCGAGAAAGGACAUCUCGAUUAGAAGAACAGGUUAAAGUUGCAAUGGAGAUUAUCAAGCAGUUGCAAGGGCAAUCAAGCAGUGCCACUAGCCAUCCAGAUCCACCAUCACAUGUUCCAUGAUUAUACAUGUGUUUUGAUUUUGAUAUCGACUAUAUCUAGGUGCUUGAUUUUGAAAUACUUGUUAGAUAUGUAAUUUUUAAACUAUUUUGGUUUGUGACUACUAUUUCUAGGUGUUUGGUUUUGAAAUACUUGUUAGACACGUGAUUUCUAAACUAUCUUGGUUUAUGACUAUUUUGGUUUAUGACUUUGA